AUGGAUUCUACUCCUCCUUCUCCUAUAGUUGAUUGUAGACUUACCUUUGAAAGUGUAAGAAAUUGGAAGUAUGACCAAGUAGCUUGUUGGUUACAAGAAAAUAAUUUUCGAGAAUAUCAAAAAGUAUUUUCAGAUAAUGAUAUAAAUGGUGAUGUAUUAUUAGAAUUGGAUCACGACAUCCUAAAAGAAUUGAAGAUCAGAUCAAUCGGCGAACGCGUAAGAAUCCUUUUGGCAGUUAAAGCUUUGCUAAAGUGUUGCGCAGGAAAUACCGUUCCUUACGCUAAUCCCAUUAAAUAUUAUAUACCAAAGGACCUGGGUUCACCUGAUUCUGAUAGAUUUCCAUCGCUUAGCAGAUCUAAUUCAAAAGCAAGCACCAUAUCUCGAUCUAAUUCUACUUCGUCUUCGCGUAAUAAUAAUAACAACAAUAAUGAUUAUUCUUCACGAACUUCACAAAACUCUAAACGUGCCAUCAAAGUUAUUGGUGAAGAUGGUGCAACGAGAACAAUCCCUAUGAACAAUGUAACUGAUGCUAAAUCUAUUUUAGCACGAGUGUUGCAAAAGUUUAAUAUAAACGAGGAUGUUGAAAAAUAUUCGUUGUUUACAACUCUAAGUGAUGCUCGAAGUUUAUCCGAUGAUGAAUUAGUAAAGAUUUGUAAAAGUUCAGAUAGACCGGAAAGGGAAAGACUUAUCUUACGCAAGAAGCAUGUUCAAAUGAGUUUGGAACAAUUAAAAACCCAAAAGAGACACAAAAAAUUAGCAAAUUUCUUUGGAGAAAAACCUCCAACAACACCUCAAGUUGGAAUAUCUCAAAAAAAAUUAAGAAAUUUUUUUGGUCAACGUCCACCUUCAGAAUUGAUUUCAUUAAAUCUUACGGAAUAUUUUCCUGGGCAUAAUAGUGAAGAAUUAGAACGUAGCUGUAGAAAUUCUGUCAGAAGAGCUUCAAGACUUUCAUCUGCUUCUAAAUUAUCUCGCAAAUCAAAAAUGUCUUCUUUAUAUUAUGAUGACAGAUCUGAUUCUCUUUUAUUCCCUAUGGAUAAUUCGGAAACAAUAAUUACAGAAGAAGAGCAAAACGAAGAUUUUGACGGUUUUAGUGAAAGUGAUGAAAUUGAAGAAGAAGAAUGGGCACUUAUACAUAAUGGAUUUGGAGAGAAUCAAGUUUUGAAAUGGAUGCAAGGUGCUUUGAUUGGAAUGGGCUCUUUUGGUAGUGUGUAUUUAGGGCUUAAUUCCAUUACCGGAGAAUUAAUGGCAGUUAAGCAAGUUGAGUUACCUACAGGACAAUCCGCAAAUGAGGAAAGAAAGAAAUCUAUGUUAGAUGCUUUACAAAGAGAAAUUGCACUUUUGAAAGAUUUACAUCAUGAAAAUAUUGUUCAAUACCUUGGAUUUCAACAUGAUGAAAAAACUUUAAAUAUUUUCCUGGAAUAUGUUCCCGGUGGUUCAGUAGCAACUAUGCUUAAUAAUUAUGGUCCAUUAGAAGAAACAUUAGUUAGAUCAUUUAACAGACAAAUUUUACAAGGAUUAAAUUAUCUUCAUGAACAAGAUAUCAUCCAUCGUGACAUCAAAGGUGCUAAUAUUUUAGUUGACAAUAAGGGAGGUAUCAAAAUAUCAGAUUUUGGUAUUUCAAAAAAAGUUGAAGACCAAAUUAUGGCAACUGUAAGUAGGCCUUCUUUGCAAGGUUCAGUAUUCUGGAUGGCACCAGAAGUUGUAAAACAAACAUCUUAUACAAGCAAAGCAGAUAUAUGGAGUUUGGGAUGUUUAAUUAUAGAAAUGUUUACAGGAGAACAUCCAUUUCCUGAAUUCAAUCAAAUGCAGGCCAUGUUUAGGAUUGGGCAAUCUUGUUCACCUGAAAUACCUGAAGAUAUAUCAAAUGAAGCAAAAGAAUUUUUGAAAAAAACUUUUGAAUUGAAUCAUAACAAUAGACCAACUGCUAAAGCAUUAUUAUCACAUCCAUUUACUAAAUCUAAUAUACAAUUAUCAUCAUAA